AUGUCAGAGAAAUUCUCGGCAACGCUGAGACUCGGGGACCUGAAUGAUUACAUAUCUCCGUCACAGGGCUGCGUUGUUUCUCUCAAGGCUAGCUCCACAAGGCAAGACAAAUCACAGAACCUUGAGAAAGUUGGGACUGCCACUAAACCACUGCAAACAGAACCCGUAAAAAUUUCACUAAAGGACUGCUUGGCAUGCAGUGGGUGCAUAACUUCAGCAGAGACUGUUAUGCUUGAGAAGCAGAGCUUGGAUGAGUUCCUUUCUAAUAUUGAUAGGGGGAAGGCCGUUAUUGUCUCACUCUCUCCUCAGUCUAGGGCUGCACUUGCGGUUCAUUUUGGCCUUUCUCCAGUUCAGGUUUUCAGGAAGCUCACAACAUUUUUCAAGUCCUUGGGAGUCAAGGCUCUAUUUGAUACCAGCUGUAGUAGAGACCUCUCACUUAUUGAAUCUUGUAAUGAAUUUAUAGCACGUUAUAAAAUAAGCCAAUCAACUGGUGAUGAGAAAUCUAAACAAUCCCUACCCAUGAUUGCCUCUGCUUGUCCAGGUUGGAUAUGCUAUGCUGAGAAAACUCUUGGAUCCUAUAUUCUUCCUUAUAUAUCCUCAGUGAAGAGCCCCCAGCAAACUAUUGGAGCUAUCAUUAAGAAUCACAUUUGCCAAAACUUGUGUCUUAGGCCAGACGAGGUCUACCAUGUAACUGUGAUGCCUUGUUAUGACAAGAAGCUUGAGGCUGCCAGGGAUGACUUUGUGUUUCAACUAGAAUCUCCAGGUGAUACUCAUGGAAAUACUGGUCUAGAGAUUACAGAAGUUGACUCUGUGUUGACUACUGGAGAGGUUUUAGAUUUGAUACAGUCAAAAUCAGUAGAUUUUAAAGCUUUGGAAGAGUCUUCUCUGGAUAAAUUGUAA